AUGUCCUCGGGCGCCGCUCUCGAAGUCGCAGACGCCGCAGCGGCAAACUACCCAGCUAUUCAGAAAGGUUUACAGGAUCAGACGAUCUCAGAAAAGCAACACAGCCUCACCUCCACCGACCUCAUGGGCCCGAAUGGCGACGAAUACCCAUCAGAAGCAGACUGGGCCACGCUACGGCGCGUCUACGGCAGGGUAAACUGGAUGAUCUACAUCAUCGGCAUUAUCGAGAUGUGCGAGAGAUUCGCGUAUUAUGGGACGACUAUCGUUUUUGUCAACUUCAUCCAGCAGGAUCUGCCUACUUCGGGACCAUUUCCGGCAGCGGGUGCUGCGGGCACGAAUGGACAGGCGGGGGCGCUGGGUAUGGGACAGAGGGCUUCUACGGGACUUGUUCAGUUCAAUGCGUUUUUCUCUUAUAUCAUGCCUAUGGUCGGUGGCUGGCUGGCAGACGAGUACUGGGGCAAGUUCAAGACCAUCUACCUUGCCAUCGUGCUAGCCACCAGCGGCCACAUUUUCCUGAUCAUCGCCGCCAUCCCCGCGGUGAUAGCCAUGCCCAAAGGCGCUCUGGGGCUGUUCAUCGUCGGCCUCAUCUUAUUCGGCAGCGGAGUCGGUCUGUUCAAAUGCUGCAUCUCGCCUCUCAUUGCGGAGCAGUACGAGCACGAGAACCCCCGGGCCCUGAUCCGCGUCGAGCCAAGCGGGGAGCGCGUCAUUGUCGAUCCCGGAAUCACAAUAUCCCGCAUAUACAUGCGUUACUAUCUCUUGAUCAACAUCGGCGCUUUGGUGGGCCAGAUCUCUAUGGUCUAUGCGGAGAAGUAUGUGGGCUUUUGGCUUUCGUUUACGCUUCCUACUAUCCUCUUCGUCUUCUGCCCGCUCUUGAUGGUGCUGUUCAGCAAGCAUUAUGUCAAGAAACCACCGCAAGGAGACGUACUGGUCAAGUCAGUGAAACUCUACGCGCUGGUCCUAAAAGGACGAUGGUCGCUCAAUCCGGUGCGGACGUGGAGAAACCUCGAAGAUGCGAACAAGUGGGAGAAAGUGCGGCCGAGCACCAUGACCAACAAGCCCAAAUGGAUGACGUUCAACGACGCCUGGGUGGACGAAGUACGCCGUGGAUUCAAAGCCUGCUACGUGUUCCUCUGGCUGCCCAUCUUCUGGCUGCCAUACGGACAGAUGACAUCAAACUUGACAUCCCAGGCGGCCACCAUGCAGCUCAACGGCGUUCCAAACGAUGUAGUCCAGAACCUCAACCCCUUUACACUUCUCAUCUUCAUCCCGAUAUUCGACAAGUUCUUCUACCCCUGGCUUGCGCGCAUCGGGAUCAACUUCACGCCCCUGAAGAAGAUACAAGCCGGCUUCGCGUGUGCGAUGCUCAGCAUGGUCGUCGCGGCCGUAGUGCAGCACUUCAUCUACGCCAAGUCGCCGUGCGGAAAGGGCGCCAGCUCCUGCGACGAGACGCCCAAUCUCGACGUGUGGGUGCAAACGCCAGCGUACAUCCUGAUUGCUUUCUCGGAGAUCUUCGCCUCCAUUACAGGCUUGGAAUACGCAUACACAAAGGCUCCUAAAAAUAUGCGCAGUUUGGUUACGGGCGUGUUCUGGUUCACACAUGCGUUCUCCUCGGCUAUCGCGCAAGCGUUUGUGCCCCUGGCUGCAGACCCGCUGUUGGUCUGGCUCUACGUUACCAUUGCCAUUCUUACCUUCAUUGGAUGGGUGGGUUUCUGGUGGACGUUUAGGGAUUUGGACAAGGAGAACGACAGCCUCGACAAGUUGCCUGAGGGAGGCUUCCAGUCUGACUUUGAGCGUGCUGCGGCAACGAAAGAGCCUGUUGAGAAGGUUUAG